AAGAGAUGUAGAGAGACUCCCAUUCAUUGGUCCCUCAGAUGCCUCAAUCGAGUUUUAAAUGCAAGAAAUAGGGCCACACAGUAGGCCCAUAGACCAAAUUGUCUCUCAUUUUCCACUGCCCCAUGUCCCUUAGAACAUGGAGGAAAUUAUGGUUCCUCUCUCUCCUCCCCUGUUGCCUCUCUCUCCUCCCCUGUUCCCUCUCUCUCUUGCCAACCACAAAACCUCUCAGAACAACACCCAACACUACUACUUAUUGUAGUUCUUAUGGCAGCAAACCCACCAAUUUCCAUAAGUGAAAAUCGAUAGGCAAAAGAUGAAAUCCAAAUAGUACUACUUUCUUCUCAAUUCCCUUGGAAACUUUUCUGUCAUUAGAGAAAAAAGGAAUGGAGAUUGAAUUGGCAAAGUGUGAGUGUUGUGGCCUGAAAGAGGAUUGCACCCAAGAUUACAUAACCGAAGUGAAGGCGAAAUUUGACGGGAAAUGGCUAUGUGGGUUGUGCUCGGAAGCAGUCAGGGAUGAAGCAAACAGAGGGAAGAAAUCAUUUGGGGUGGAAGAAGCUGUGAGGGCGCACAUGUCGUUUUGUCGAAAGUAUAAGUCGAAUCCGGCGAUCCGGGUCGCCGACGGGAUGAGGCAGAUGUUAAGGAGGAGGUCGGGGGAAGGGUCGUCGUCGUCGAAGAAGUAUACAAGAUCAGGUGGAAAAUCUCAAGUAGGAGACGAGUCUUCAUUUUCUUACUACUAGUAACUGGAAGUGAACUAAUUGAUUAAGGUUAAUUUCGUCUUUGGCUUGAAUAAGGUUCUCAACAAAAUCUUCAUGGCUCUUGGCUCUGAUCUUGUUUUGUAUAUAACGUUGUUUCAAUUCCUAGUUUUGUGUUUUUUUUUUUU